AGGAAGCAACUUUGUGUGACUUUUUGACCACAGAGAAUGAAGAUUUACGAAGCUAAUAAAUAAUCGUCACGGCCUACUGUUCAUUUCAUUUGAAACAGCUUGUGUCGUUGUUUACGUUCUCUGCUUACUGCGUUUAUUAGUUAAUUACAUCCCUGAUUUAUGCCCGAACAAGAUGGAUACUGCAGACAGUGAAGAUGAUGACAACUCUGAUGCUUGGGAUGAAACUGACGUUCCAAGUAACCAAUUGACAAAGUGUUUGUUUUGCACAAAAGUCUUUACAAUUGUUGAAGAUGCCUUGGAGCAUGCUAGUAAAGACCAUAGUUUUGACCUUCCUGGUCUCAAGAUGCGAUUGGAUAUGGAUUGUUUUUCAUUCAUUAAAAUGAUAAACUUUCUGAGAUUGCACCCAAUGGAUGUCAAAGAAUUAAUGACUGUCCAGAAACCGCUGUGGAAUGACGAUAAGUAUAUGAAACCUACUCUAGAGGAUGACCCCUGGCUUAUGUAUGAUUUUGAUGAUAUUGAAACCCCACUUCCUAACAUGAGUUCUGGUGAUGGAAGUGGUGGAUUUCUGGCCAAUGCGGAAAAUGGUAUUGUAACCCUUUCUGAACAACAUUUUGCUGAACUUCAAAAAAGAAUUCAAGCACUCUCAGUUGAGGUUCGAGUGAAAAACUCUCUUUUGGAAGCAGCAGCUGAAGACAUGAAGCGCAUGCGUACCCUAACCCAAGAGCUGGUUGAAGGAAGUAGUUCAAACAGCAUAUGUGAUAAACCAGUUGACCGUAAAGUAGCCUGUUUAACUUUGAGUGAAGACCAAAGUUAUUUUGAUUCAUAUGCUCAUUUUAGUAUACAUCUUGAAAUGUUGUCGGAUGUUGUGAGAACCUCCAGUUAUCGUGAUGCAUUGCUGAAAAAUUCCUCUGUGAUAAAAGGCAAAGUAAUUUUAGAUUUAGGUUGUGGCUCCAGUAUCUUGUCCAUGUUUGCAGCUAAAGCUGGAGCCCAAAAAGUGAUAGGCAUUGAUCAGUCGGACAUAAUAUACAAUGCUAUGGAUAUUGUGAGGGAGAAUGGCCUUGAAUCUCAAGUGACGCUUGUGAAGGGACGUUUAGAAGACACAGUCAUUCCAACUGAAAAAGUGGAUUUAAUUGUUUCGGAAUGGAUGGGAUACUUUUUAUUAUUUGAAGGAAUGUUAGACAGUGUAAUGUAUGCCCGUGACAAACAUUUAGCUGAAGGUGGUUUUCUCUUGCCGAAUCGAUGUACAAUGCAUCUCGUUGGCAUUGAUGAUGCAGGGCGCCACAGUGAAGUGGUUAAAUUUUGGGAUAAUGUAUAUGGAUUCCGAAUGAGCACCCUAGCCGCAGAAGUUCUUAAGGAACCCUUUGUCGAAGUUGUCCCUAAGAGUGCCAUUGCAACCUCAUCACACACUUUGGUUGAGCUCGAUCUUAUGACUUGUUCCACAAGAGACUACUCCCAUAUUUCCAGUCCUUUCAAGCUAGAGGCAUUACGUGACACAUCGAUAACAGCAUUAGCUGGUUAUUUUGAUACAUUCUUUGACCUGCCAGAAGAAAAUGUGUCUUUUACUACAGGUCCUCAUGGCGAGCCUACUCAUUGGAAACAGACCAUCUUCUACCUUAAAGAUCCCAUUUCUGUUAAGAAAGGUGAUGUACUUGAAGGACACUUAUUAUGCCAGCGCCACCAUAAAGAGAUUAGAUCACUUCACAUAUGCAUAACUUUGUCUGGUACAAAGCAUAAUUAUUACAUGGCCAGUGGCUCUGGGUCAGACUAAUAACCAAUUUCAAGCACAUUCUUUGUUAUUGUCCUAAAUGCAUUUUAAAAUUUGAAUAUAAAUAAAUGAAAUUUAAUAUGGAUA